AUCUCAGCACGCAUCGCGCAGGCGUAGAAUCUGCACGCACGAGCAGCAUUUUGGGGAACACGAAAGUAGAUCCUUCGUCGCCCCAACUCUGCCAACCCGACCUCGAGGUCUCUCGCCAUGGAUUUCUUCAAAUCCGUCUUCUCCGCCGACCCGGUCUCCCCACGGGAUCAGCAUCAAUCUCAGCCGGAGUCCCCCCACCGCUCCCCGGAGGCCGAUGAGCAAGGCGAUGGCGCCCGCGGAGCAGGCGGUGGCAGUGGUUGGAGAGGGCUCAUGAAGACCUUCGCCACCAAGUCCGAGUCGGUGAUCCAAACCUACCGCCGGGAUCUCGAGGAGUUCGGGUCCGGCCUCAAGAAGGAGACGGCGUCGAUCCGGGAGGCCGCCGCCCGUGCUGUCCUCGACCUCCCGGGCUCCCUCGAGGCCAGCGCCUCCGCUGCCCAGGAAUCCCUCGAGUCCGUCGGCCACGCCUUCGACGACUUCGGCGGCUCCGUGUGGCGGGGAACAGCUGAGAUCCUAUCCCAGGGCAAGGAAGCGAUCCUCUUGAUGGAGGCCGAGGCCGGUGGCACCGAUCAGUACCCAACUGACCAUGGUUCGCAGAGCGCUACUCCUUCUUCGAAGAGGUACAGCAGAUUCGAGGCGCAGGUGCUGGCGAUCCAGUCCGACGUGAAUACGUUCUCUGAGGAGCCGGAGGAUGCCCAGGAUUUCAAUAACUGGAGAUCAGGGUUUGAUUUGGCUGAGAAAGAGGAGGAGAUCGAUAAACUGUGCUAUGAGAAUGGGGCUUUGGAGGGGUUUCUUCAAAAGCUUGUGCCUCGAUUGGUGGAUUACGAGGCAUUCUGGUUCCGGUACUACUACCGUAUUCACAAGCUUAAGCAAGCAGAGGAUGCAAGGGCAAAGCUUGUGAAAAGGGUGAUUUCGGGGGAAGAGGAGGAGGAUUUGAGCUGGGAGGUAGAUGAUGAUGCAGACGAAGAAGUGAAGAAGGAUGACAAGAGAGGUGAAAAGUUGAGGGAUAACAAAGAAACAGAGGUGGAAAAAGAAGAAAAAAUGGAUGAGAUUAACACAGUGGUGCAAAAAGAAGACAUGAGUCCUGAGCCCAUGGAGCUGCCCAAACAUGUUGAAUCCCCGCAUGUUGAGAACUUGGAAGCUUCAAAAGAAAAAGAUGAUGAGGAAGUGACUUCGAGUGCAGGAAAGGCUGAAAACUCUGAAUUAACUACUGAGGGGAUGAAGUCGAAACCGGACGACAAGACGAAUGAGACUACAGUGCCAGAAGGGAAGACGGAUGCCGCAGGGACAUGCGAGGACAGUGGCACUUCCAUUGUCUCAAGCCAAACUUCGGUGCAGGAGGAAGAUGAUUUUGAGUGGGAUGAGAUCGAGGAUCUUGGUGAACACAAUGAGAAGAAAUCUGGUGACACGAGCGGGAGUCCUCUUAGGGUGGAUUUGCACAAGAGGCUAAAUGUUGUCGAGGAUGAUGAGGAUCUGAGUUGGGAUAUCGAAGAUGAUGAUGAUUCUACCAAGCAUUGAUUGAAGGGUAUUGGAAUGCUAAGAACUUCUCGUAAUUGUUUGUUCUUUGCAUUUAUUAUGCUUGGUUUGCUGUUUGGCUAGUAAUAUUUCUCCUCUCAUGUUGUGGAUUUUAAUGUGAUAAGUUUUCUAAUAUAUUGAGAUACUACUUGUUAUCUAAUAAUCUAUUUGCAUAUUCAAAUUUGGAGCAGUUGGUUGUGGCA